AAAUAGUCUAGUUCGGGUCGUUCGGGAGUUGUAGUUCAGUGCCCGCCAGUGUAGAAAGACAGAAUUUAAGUUGGUUGGAUCAUUAUAUCCUAGGCCUAGGUAUUUUAGAUGUAUUUUAAAAAUUAGUUAAGAUUAGACUACAUAAAGUUGUAGCAUUCAUGCUUAUGUGUUUCAUUCGUACGUGAGUUUGAUUACAAUCUGAACUAGGGCUAGGCCCCGUAUUAUAUUGUCUGUGCCCCAAUACAGAAUGGACGAACAAACACAUUCCACUAAGAAAUAUUUUCAGCAGUCUGCAAACAAAACUGCUAACUUUUUUGACGAUUUAUCCUCAUCAACACUUAUAAAAAAUGUUGCCGGCACUGGAUCAAACUGUGACUUAAAUGAAGAUUUAGAAAAUAUUGAUACAAAUAGGCCUACUGAUUUUAUGUCCAAACACCAGUCGGAAGCAAGUGUUAGAGCUAGUAAUAAUGAUGCUAUUAUGCCUAGUGUAUCUCUAUAUGAUAAAGAAGAUGAGAGUAAAACAGAGAAGCUGAGUAGGCCUAACACUUCUGAGGAACCAGUAGUUUGCAGAAUUUUUUCGUCACUUCAAAUUGAACCAAGUAAGACUGAAGAAACUAAAACUCAACCUGGUAGUAGUUUCUUUGAUAUGCUGAGCUCUCCUGUAGUAUCUCGUGAUAUCUAUUCACAUGUUUCCCUAGAUGAGACAGGGGUAGGCUUUUCGUUGCCUGACAGCGGCGUCAUGACUUCAGAUGAUGAUGAUGUUGACUUGGGUGGAAUGAAGAUACAAACAACAAAAAGUACUGCCGGGGAGUGUGAAAGAAGACGUGAUGCGUGGAUACCGUCUGAGCGCACGAGGAGAGCGCUGAUCACAGCAGCCACUACCACACCUGGAACUUACUUUCCUGAACGAGAGUUGCUCACGAUGCCAGGCGUUUCACCUGAAGAAGAAAUGGUUGACAAUGUGGGACAGCUUGUGUUGAAUACACUGGGUGAAGCAGAGGCAGCUCACCGCAAAGUCCUCACCGUUAAUGACGUUACACAAGAUGAGAGGGGCCUGCGAGAGUUGACACAGGGAGAAUUCUACAGAGCUGCUGUCAAUCUAACUGGACGUCUCCUCAACAUUUACGGACAGGGUGUAGGCAAAGCUGGAAUGCCCAGUAAACACACUGUUCACUCAAUACAACUGUGGUUCACAAGAUUAUCACUACUGGUAAAGUUGCGAGAGUUGAACAUCGCCGACACAGAAGCUGCAGUGUGGUGGGACUGUGAUAGGCCAGACCUCUACUACCAGUUCUAUCCUGAAUUGUAUGGAGGUAGGAUGGGUACGAUGAUUCCAUUCCAGAUGAGGUUACUGCUAGCCUCGCUACCAAGUCACUGCAAUCGUCACCACGAGGCACUUCAACGGCUGUUCUCUGUGCUUGCUACGGUUCGCAAGAUUCAAAAUCAUUUAGAAAGUGGCAGAAGUGAGGAUGGGAGUCAGCUGGAAUUGAGUGCGUUAGACAGAGCUGAAUCCAUAAGGUUAUGGAAAACCCGAGAGAACCGAGUGCUUAUAGCAACUAUCAAUGUGGCAUUGGAAAUUAAGGACUUUUCAUUGAUGACAGAGGUUUUUCAUAUGGUUAUAAAGAAUGAAGCCAGUGCUGCGGGUAAGAGAGUUUUGUACUCAACUCUAGGCCGCAUAUAUCUGCAACUUGGGGAUGUCCAGGGAGCUGAUACAUGGUUCACCAACGCUCGAACUUGCCUUCAAACUGUAGGGACACUAAGCACUGGCCAAGAUUUCCAGGAUUUGAUUGACCAAGGAUUGCUUGCUGUAGCUCAAAACAAUUUUCAGGAGGGAUACAAAUUUUUUGAGAAAGCUUCCUUCAUCAAUCCCACGAAUUUCAUGGUGCUGAACAACUGUGCAGUUUGCCUUCUUUACAUGGGUCAUUUAAAGGAAGCCAUCAAAGUCUUGACAGGAGCAAUCAAUACCAAUCCCGUACGAGCUUUGCAGGACCAGCUCGUCCUCAACUUGUGUACACUCUACGAGCUCGAGAGCUCAUACCACAACGACAAGAAGCUCAGUUUGCUACGGCUCAUCUGCAAGUGCAAGGGAGAUUCUCUCAACCUUCAGUCUCUAAAGCUGAUCUGACAACCGCAUGGACUGCAAAUGUUGAUGUAGACAUUGUUUUCUUUACAUGAAUAUGCAAUUACCAAAAACUCAGUGAAGAGUGUUGAAUUUGAAAAUUGCUAUAAAUUACGUCAAUUUAACUUUUUGAAAAUGCAUUAAUACAUUUUUUUCAAUAAUGGGGAAAGUACUGACUGCCUAGCAGAACUGGUCUUCAGGUUUAAGUGACUCACUAAAUGUCCGCAAAGUAGCACUAGUUUUAAAUUAAAAAUAUGUACCAUAUAAGUAUUGAAGUUACUAAGUUCUACAACUCGUCUUCAGGUGGCUCGUGGGGUCGUUAAUUGAGUUCUUGCAACUUACGGGUUUGCUGGAUUUUGCCGUUGUGACGGGUUGUAAAUGCCUUGGAUUUUUUUUUAUUCUGGUCAAGUUUAAAAAAAAUAUUUAGCCGCCAUGUUUCCAAUAUGACCGCCAACUUCGUCAAAUCGUGCGUGAAUUGGUCUAGUUUUGUAUGUAAUUUUAAGUACAAUUUACAUUUUAAGAACUGUACACUUUACAAUUACAACUUUGAAUAUUAGAUUUUUUGUCCACAUUAAAUUUACAACAAUUUCUUUCUUCAAGAACAAUUUUCUUCUCCCAUUUUCUUCUCCAAAAAUACUACAGGGUGAGGCAAUGAAAGCGGCCGAAUUUAUAAAUUGUACAAGAUCCAUUAUAUUAUAAAUUAAACAUAUUCACACAAUAUAUAUAAAUAGCACAUCAAAACACAGCUUAUCUUUUGCCAAUUGAGCUUAACAAAGUAAUUUUUUCAUUUUUUGAAAACAAAAUCCUGCAAGUGACGUCCUUGUCCUACUUGACAUUCCUUUUUAGUCACUUGAAAACUCCAUCAAAUACUCCUCCAGAAUUUCUUCAGGAAUCACUUUAGUUUUGGACAAUUCUUAGCUUCCGUUUAAGCAAAUCUGUGGGGCAACUUAGAAAAACCUCGAACUUCAAGUAUUUAUUGAAUUAUUUAUUGCAUGUUAAUAUUUAUAUAAUUAUUUAUUUACCUAGUUAUUAGUUAAACUAAUUUACCAACCUUGGUUUUUUGGCAUGUAAUUGUAUUUUGGAAAUGUAUGUUUUUGAUGUACCCCUUGAGGGAAAAAUCAAUAUAGAAUGAUGAUGAUGGUGA